AUGUCACCUCAAACUGAGGAGGAGUUGGCGUAUAUGUCUAGGGUCCCUUAUCCCAAUGCAGUUGAUUUUUUGAUGUAUGCUAUGGUCUGUACUAGGCCGGAUAUUGCGCACGCUGUUAGUCUUAUGAGUAGGUUUAUGGCUCGACCAGGGAGAGAGUACUGGCAGGGGGUGAAAAGGAUUUUUCGCUAUUUGAGAGGGACAAGUGAUAUUAGUCUUGUGUAUGGGAAUGGUAAGGAGUGUUUGGUAACUGGGUAUAGUGAUUCUGAUUAUGCAACUGAUGUGGAUACCAGGAGGUCGGUGAUCGGGUAUGUGUUUACUUUGGGUGGUUCUGUGGUAAGUUGGAAGUCCACAUUGCAGUCUUCGGUUAAGUUGUCUACUACUGAAGCUGAGUUCAUGGCUUUAACUUCAGCAGCUAAGGAGUCUAUAUGGCUCAAAGGCCUUGUAGGUGAACUGGGUAUUGCACAAGAUUUUGCUACGGUGUAUUGUGAUAGUCUAAGUGCCAUUUGCUUAGCUAAAGACCAAGUACACCAUGAUCGGACCAAGCACAUUGACGUCAGGUAUCAUUUCUUGCGUACUGAGAAGAGAGUAAAGGUAAAGAAGAUCGGGACCGCUGACAAACCAGCUGAUUUCUUUACUAAGUUAUGUGGUGGGUCUUGGGUGGAGACUUGUCGGGAUGAGUCUUGGUUGAAGACUUAUCGGGAUGUACGGCUUAUGCAUGAGCUUUGCAUCGGGGAUUUGGCUUGA